UUAAUAUAAUUCUGCGAGAUUAUCAUUUGUCAUUUUUCUUUUUUAUUUAUGUUUCUUUAAGGAUAUUUAUAUUAACACAGAUUAUUACAAUAUUUUAAUCAAAUAAUUUUCAAUGAGUGUAACUGAACAAUCAACAUUAAAUACUUUAUCAUCUAAUACAUAUGAUAUAAAAUAUGCAGAAUUUGUAUAUAAAGUGUUAAAAGAAUCAGCUGAAAGUUUUGAAAAAGAACAAAAAUUUUUAGAUAAUGUGUUAUUAAAUUUAUACAAUAUUUUUGGUGAUGUAUUUGAAAGAGCAUUAGAAUUAUAUGAACAAGAACGUAUAACUCAUAUCUUUCCUUCUGAAAAUCCUGGUAUUGCGCCUCAUAGUGAUAGAAAUAAUUCCAGAUAUUUAAUACAGAUUAAAGGAUUGUCAGGAACAACAUAUAUACUCUUUCCUGACAUAAAUUACUGUAUUUGUGGUUCUUUUAGAUGUCAAGUAUUAAAUAAUAGAUCUUUGUUUACUUGCAAACAUGUUAUAGCAGCUUGGUUAGCUGCAGUUACAAAAAAAAAAUUAUCUCAUCAAUAUAUAACAGAAAAACAAUUUCAAAAUUUGUUAUUAUAUCAAAAUGCUACAUGUUUUGGUACUGAAAAUGGUUUGAAAAUAACAGUAGAAGAUGCAAAAUGUAUGCAAGCUAGUGCUUAUAUUCCAGCUAAUGUAUUUCAAAUAUUCAAUUUGAAAGAAGAUGGUAAUGGACAUCCUGUAACAGUUCUUAUUGAAGAAGAUGGUAUUAUAACAGAUUGUUCUUUAAAAACACAGGAACCUGAUGAAUUGUUAGAUUUCCAUCUUGAACCAGAAAAUGUUUUGAAUAAAGUAGUUCUUCAAACUGAAUUGUUAAAAGAUAUCUUAUCAGAGCUAGAUUCAAGUAGUGAUUUGAUUGAGCUAUUUUUAUCUCCUUCCCCACCUUUCUUUCGUAUUAGUACAGCUGGUUUAGCUGGAAUUUGUCAUAUUGAAUUACCUCAUGACGGUGAAUUGAUUGAUAAUUUCCAAUGUACUUCAACAGCUACAUCAAGUUAUAAACUUACACAUAUUAAACCAGCUAUGAAGGCAUUAUCAUGUGCAAAUAAAGUUUCAUUGAGGACUGAUUCAUUUGGACUGUUGUGUUUUCAAUAUAUGGUUAAGACUGAUGAAGGACAUACAUGUUAUAUAGAAUAUUAUAUUUCUCCAGUGAUAGAUCCUGAUGAAUAAUUUUAUUUGGAAUGGAGAUAAUAGGAUCAUAAAUAUUGAUUAAAAAUUAUUUCCAAAUAUUCUUUUAUUUUUACAGAUUUAUAAUUAAAGCUUUCCAUUUAUUGUAUCACAUAAAAAAAAUACCUUUAUAUGAAAUUCAAAACUAUUCUUUAUUGUGAAUUUGCUUAAUAUACUCACAAUGAAUAUGAUGUACAUAAAAGCAUGUGAAUGAUAUUUAAAGAUGCAUAAAAAAAUAUAUAAAUUUUCAAUAUAUUUUUAAAACUCUAUCUUUGUCGUACAUGCGAAUAUUAAACUAAUAUUAAUUAAUAAUAUUUCAUAUAUUUCGUAAUACCGAGUAUUAUAUUGCGAAAUACUAUAUCUUUCAAA